AUGGUAUAUAUUCAAUUUUUUACGGAAGAAUCUGAAUUUCUAGAAAAAUUGUAUAAUCCAGGAAUUGGUGGUGAAUUUGUAUUUCAUUUAUUUGUCACAGGCAAGAACCUUGAAGAAGGUAACGACCAUUUUAAAAUACCAGAAGAUUUUCAAAUAGUAAAAUUACCGAUUAUUGAGGAUGUUUAUGUCCGUUACUUGUUUCUAAUGUUUGGAACAAUUGCAAAUCGUCAUGCAGGAGUAAUAAUUGAUCCUAUUUUCCAAAACAAGGCAGAAACAGAAGAUUUCAUUAAUCUUAUAUCAUCUGAUAUUAAGAAUACAAAUGAUGAGUAUAUCUUACACUUUCUAAAUCAUUUCUUUUGGAAAAUUAAUCAAAUAAAAUUAUACCAUUUGUUAAAAGAAAUGGAAGCUAUAAAUUAUGAAAUGACAAUGUUGCAUAAGUUUGAAGCAUCAAAAGUAGAUAGAUUUGUUAGCACUUAUAGAUUCGUCCAAAGUGUCUGUAAAACUCAAGAAAUAAUUAUGCCAUUGCCGUAUACUAAUUUUCUGGAUAAAUCUAAAAUUGGGCCCUUUAUUGAUAUGCCUGAAGAUGAUUCCAGAAGAACUAUUUAUGAAAAUUUUUGUCAAACCAAUACGAUUAGGCAAACAGAGUUGUUGAUAAUUGAAGAAAAUUUAAACCAUUAUAAUAUUUGGUUUGAUAACAGUAGAAUACUAGCAUUUGAUGGAAAUUCUUCCAUAACAAACAAUCGUUAA